UUGUGUUAACAUUUAAUGCCAUAUUUCAACGUUAUAAUAAUAUUUUGCCGAAAAAUUUGUAUACUGUCAUUAGCUUCCAGAUUAAGUCGCCAUGCGUGCUUUGACAAUACCAGCUCGUUGUGGUUCAUUUUACGUAUCCGAUUCACACCUAGGCAGUCUAUAGUAAUACUCUAUUUCUAUUCAUACAUAAAACGGUUGAGCAUCUCUUGGAAUAGUCUGUACAAGGAGAUAGUUCAAAGUUAUUUAUUUGGUAUAGCGGAGGGCUGUAUUGGCGCAUUGUUAAUAACAGCAAUGGUAAUGGAGGCGUCCCCGUCCCCGCAGAGCGUUGGCCGCGAGUUUGUCCGCCAGUACUACACGCUGCUCAACAAGGCGCCCGCCCAUCUGCACAGGUUUUAUAACAACUACUCGUCGUUCGUGCACGGCGGGCUGGACGCGCCCAACCGCGAGACGCUGCCCGUUGUCGGACAGAAACAAAUCCACAACCGCAUACAGCAGCUCAACUUCCGCGACUGCCAUGCCAAGAUCAGUCAGGUGGACGCGCAAGCGACGCUGGGCAACGGCGUGGUGGUGCAGGUGACGGGCGAGCUGUCCAACGGCGGCGCGCCCAUGCGCCGCUUCACGCAGACCUUCGUGCUGGCCGCGCAGUCGCCCAAGAAGUACUACGUGCACAACGACAUCUUCCGAUACCAGGACAUAGUGUUCUCGGACGAGGAGGGCGAGGGCUCCGGGCGGUCGGAGGGCGAGGAGGAGGAGGCGAGCAGCGCGGGCUACUUCCCGCCGCCGCCGCCGCCGCCCGCCGCCUUCCCGCCGGCGUCGUUCCCCGCGCCGCCCGCGCCGCCGCACGUGCCGCUCGUGUCGCCGCCCAGCCUGGCGCCGCCCGCCGCGCCGCCCGCCGCGCCGCUGCCCGCGCCGCCCGCCGCGCCCGCCGCGCCGCACAUCAACGGACACCCGCCGCACGAUGACACCAGGCAUCUCGUUUCUGCAUUGCAAGCGUCGACCAUAUCGAGCGGCGUGAACGAGCGCGACCUGGAGGCGGAGCCGUGCGCGGCGGCGGCCGAGCCCGCGCCCGAGCCCGAGCCCGAGCGCGAGCCGGAGCCCUCGCCGCCGCCGCAGCCGCAGCCCAGCCCGGUAUCGCCCGAGCCGAAGACGUACGCGAACCUGCUCAAGUCUGGGUCUGGUGGCGGCGCUGCACCGCCGCGCAGUUCGCCGCCGUCGGGCGCCGCGCCCGCCGCCGCCGCCGCCGCCGCCGCCGCCGCCGCCGCCGCCGCCGCCGCCGCCGCCGCCGCCGCGCCGCACGACCCGCGCCCGCGCCCCACGCGCCCUUACCAGGAUAUCGCGGAGGGCGGCGGCGGCGGCGGCGGCUCGCGGCGCUACUCGGACUCGCAGCAGCUGUUCCUGGGCAACCUGCCGCACUGCGCCACCGAGGAGGCGCUGCGGGCGCUGUUCGCGCGCUUCGGGCCCGUGGCCGAGCUGCGCGUGCACGGCAAGCCCGGCGGACACCACCCCAACUACGGCUUCAUCACCUACGAGACGCCGCAGGCCGCGCAGGACUGCCUGCACGCCGCGCCGCUGUACUUCCCGCCGGACAGCGCGGACGGCGUGAAGCUGAACGUGGAGGAGAAGAAGGCGCGCGGCCGCGAGCCGCCGCGCCGCCGCCCGCUGUCGUCGCACCGCGCCGCCUUCCCGCCGCGCGCCGCCUACCGCCGCUAGCAGCCACGCACAGGUGCGUGGUGGCGGCGGCCCGCCGGCUCCCCGACUGCGGAGUGGUCGCCCGGCCGCGCCGCGCCCCCUAGGGACACCACACAAAACGCAAUGUUACGUUAACAUGUAGAUACUUUUCUUUGUUUUUUUUUUAUAUAGAUCUAUUUCCGGUGGGAGUCCCCGCCGCGCGGCGGCCCGGGGGAGCCCGCGGCGACUCCUCCUAAUUAUAUUUAACACGCUUCGCAUAUCGCUUUCUCUUUAUUUCUUUUAAGUAGUUAGAUAGUAAAUUAAUAAUUUUGGUUGGCGGCGCGGGCGCAGCCGCCGCGGACCACGCCUCCUCGCCGGCCGGCGCGGGCGCCGGAUUCAGUAUUUCAAUUCGCACCGUUCGCGCCUAUGGAACGAUAAACAUUUGGACUUUGGCUUCUUCCGUGUAGCGUGGCGUGACGGGAACGAAUUGAAAUGCUAAUCCCGCGUGCAGAAUUAGUCGCCGCCGUCGCUCGCCGCGACCGUCGACCUUGUUUUGUGAUUUUAUACAUAUUUUGUAUGUUUUACACGGAGCGCAGGCGCGUAGGCCGCCAGGCUCGCCUCAGCCGUAAGCUAGUUUGUGCCGAUCCGCCCAUAUAUUGUCGAGCGCGGUGGCGGCCGCCCGUCCGCCGCGCCUUGUUGUAUCGGCAACACUUAUUUUGUAAGUCGCUCGUUAAUUUUUUUUAUGAAUAAAACUAUCGAAACUCA